UAAAUAGUGGCGUGACAAAAAUGGAAAUACCCCGCUUAUUAGCUACAAAUCGAACGACCUCUGACCCUUGAGUUUCAUGAAAUACAUGUUGCAUUGAUAACAAAUGUGCUACUCAAAGAGAGUGAGACAAAGGUUCUCUUGUCGGAUAUAUAAUCCUAGGAACCUUCAUUGGAGUCAUCGUGAUCCUAAUUAUAAUUAUGUUACUCAUAAAAUGUAAAUAAGGAAUACAGGAAGUUUCAAAUUGCAGAACGAGAUUAUAAGCGCAAAUAAGCAAUUUGAACAAAUGCUUGAAAAAUGAUGUAUAAUUAAAGGAAUUCCUCAUCCUGAUAAGUUGCCACCGUUUAAGAACUGUAGUCCAGGGCUAAUACCUGCCUCUAUUGAUGAGAUAAGUAUAUCUAACUCCAACAUUUAUAAAUCAAAGGCUUUUGAUUUUCCUUCACGAAGAAAAGACCAGUACUUCACUGUCUAUGAUUUCAGAGAUGGACGGAUGCAAAAAACCAAGUCUAUUAGAGAUCAAAAUGUCGUUAUUAAUAUCGAACAAAUUAACAUUGGGUUAGAUGGUGAUACACUCAGAUCAUUGCAAGAUAAAACUUCCUUGAGUAAUAUUUCAAGACAUACAGAAUCAUAUAUCUCAUCGAUCUCUAAAAGUAACCUUUACACUAGUCAGGAUCUGAGGUCAGAUCCUGGUAAUGGCGGAGAUGGCACAGAGGAAAGGAAAAAUGAUAUUUAUUCCUUCAACGACUCAAUCUCAGAAAUCCCUGCUUCCUCUGAUAGGCUUUCCCAGCUCACUCCAAAGGAAUCUCAGGGAAACUAA